UUUUGGGGAGGUGGGGGGUGAGGGGAGCACUCGCCGCGCGGCCACUUCCAAAAACCCCGCGCUCCCGGCACGCUUGAAUGAGCUGCUAAUCAAGGCCACGCUCCGCCGCCGCCCAAUGGACGCUGAGAGCUGCCGUGUCGUCACGGUUGCUAGGUAGAAAUCCUCUCCGCCAGCCGUGGCGAGCCAAUAGGGAGAAGCGGGCGCUUUGCCGUUUACCAAUAGGGAGAGAGAUAACUUGUGUUCCCGCUUGUGGGCGGGCCCCGCGCGGCGCUGCGGCCAAUGGGGAGGGGCCCGACGUUGUUUUGCCGCGAAAUACCCGCGUGCGGAGGGCGGUGCUUGGCGGGGCCAUGGCGGCUUCUGGGGUCUUGCGGCUGCUCAGGCCGUGGCCGGGCCGCGGUGCCCCCGGGCCGCUCUGCAGCCGCCUCUUCGGUCGCGGCUACCAGGUCAGCGUCGCGAAGAAGGCGAAGGCGGCGGGAGAUGAGUCGGGCGAGACCUCGGCGCUGAGCCCGCAGCAGCUGGAGCGGAUCCGCAAGAACAAGGAGGCGGCGCGGCAGCGGCUGGCGGAGCGGAACGUGCCGCCGGGCUUCGGGGAGAGCUGGCGGCGGCAGCUGGCCGCGGAGUUCUCCAAGCCCUACUUCAUAGAGCUGAUGGCGUUUGUGGCAGAGGAGAGGAAGCGCUACACGGUCUAUCCGCCCCCCGAGCAAGUCUUCACCUGGACGCAGAUGUGCGACAUUAGGGAUGUGAAGGUUGUUAUUCUGGGACAAGAUCCAUACCAUGGACCUAAGCAAGCUCAUGGGCUCUGUUUCAGUGUCCAGAAGCCUGUUCCACCUCCCCCCAGUUUAGAAAACAUUUACAGAGAAUUAUCUACGGAUAUCGAGGACUUCACUCAUCCUGGUCAUGGUGAUCUGACUGGCUGGGCCAAGCAAGGAGUGCUGCUGCUCAACGCUGUGCUCACGGUGCGGGCUCACCAGGCCACCUCCCACAAGGAGAGAGGCUGGGAGCAGUUCACGGACGUCGUGGUGUCCUGGCUCAACAAGAACUUGCAUGGGCUGGUCUUCAUGCUGUGGGGAGCCUAUGCCCAGAAGAAAGGCAGCUCCAUCGACAGGAAACGCCACCACGUCCUGCAGACGGUGCAUCCCUCACCCCUCUCUGUCAACAGAGGCUUUUUUGGCUGUCGGCAUUUCUCCAAGACAAAUGAGUUGCUCAAGAAAUCUGGGAAGAAGCCCAUUGACUGGAGGGCGCUCUGAGCUGUGUGCACACGCUGCUGGGGUCUGACGGCUGGAAACAGCCCCUGUUCCGGGGGUUGUCUCGUUCCUGAAAAGCUUUUGCUGACCUGGGAAUUAGCCUUUGGAUGUUGCUCAAAGAAGAAAUGACCAAACUUUCAGAAAUGUUAUAUUUUUAAAUGAUUCUUUUAUUUUAAAGAGCAUAUUGGUGUGUUAGAUGGACAACUUCUGCUGUUGGAACAGGUCUCAGCCUAGUUUGAAGCAAAGAAAAACAGUUGUAUAUGAA